GUUGGCGGAGCGAUUGGUGUUGGAUAGUCGGAUGCCGCCGAAGAAAGCGAAGAAGAAGCCCAAGGCCGACGGCAGUGGCGAAGCCAACGACGUGCAGCGGCGACUGGACGAGGCCGAGGCCCAGCUGCGCGAAGAAGCCAAGCUCAUCGACCGCCUGACGCGGGAGAAUCAGUCCAAGCAGGAGCACAUCCAGUCGAUCGAGGCGGCGAUGGCCAACGAGAUCGAAAAGCACGACGCCAUCAUGCAAGUGUUCAAGGACCGAGAGUUGACGCAAAAGCAAGACGCCGAGCACUGCAUUGAAGUGCUGAAUGCCAAGAUAUGCGACCUCCACGUACGCAUCGAGUCGUGCAGUACGCUAGAGAGUGUGAACGACUCGCUACGACUGCGCGUGGACGAGCUACGUCGUCAAUUGGAGGACGAGUCCAAGAGCCACAACGACGAGAUCCAUGCGAUGCGCGUCGAUAUGUUCAACCACAAGAUGGCGUUAGAACAGACGUUUCGAAAGUCGCUGCAGGAGCUGGACGCCCAGUAUUUGAAGAAAGCGUUCAACGCGAUGGCCGACGAAAGCAAAAACGCGCUGGUGGCCAACGCGAAAUUGAAGGACGAGUUGCAAAUGCAAAGCAUCGGCGUCGAGAACCUCAUGCAUCGAUUCAAAACCCAAGCCGACCAGUACCACAAGAUGAAAGUCGAGAAUGAAAUCCUCGAAAUGGGCAGCUCGUUACGGCUCAAAGAGAUCUCAUUGCUCAAGGCAUCCCAGCAUGGUAUCGACCGCGCCGUUCACAACAUCAAAGAAGAAUUUGCUUGGAAGCAAAGUCAAGUGCAGUCGGCUACAACUAAACUUGUCGAGCAAUGUUUGGAUGGUCGUAGGAACUCAAGGACGAAGCCAAAACCCUUCGAAGCUUGUACGAUCAAACCCAGAAACGAUGUCAAAAGUGGAAAUCGCGGUACAUGGCCCUCGCAUCAUCCAACCAGCAACUACAGCAGCAGCAACAACACCAACGUGGCGUUACGCAACGCACCGACGAAGAAGACGAGGAAGCGGGCGACCCAUUCCACCACCAUGCAAAUUUCCACUCCACGAGGGGAUCCCUCGAAGCAGGUGCUCUGAAACGACGUUCGAAACUGCAUGGCGACGGGUUUGUGGCCCCGCCGGCCAUGCAAGGAAUCGACCCCAAGGAACUGUGGAGCGCCAGCUUUGCGCAGGAUCAUGAUGACGCGUGUUCAAACCGAUCUGCCACGGCCCCGCUACGACCAACCAAAUACGACGUCAACGUGCCACUAAAAGCAAUCAAGCCCGAGCCAGCCAUCCACACGCUUGUGAAACUGAAAAAGUCCCACUCGCAAACGACGAUUUCGAGGCGACCUGCGACCACCAUGCGAUGAUGGGCUGUGUUUAGCACUCAGUGCCCGGGAACGAAUUGACUGAAUGCGUCCUCCGUUCAACCCUUUAGUUGCAGUAAUAAUUAGGGCUACACAUUGCUAUCAUAUAUUCACUCGUAAGGCAUCCUUGGCACCAUUUAGCACUGGAAUAUAACUGGGGUCGUACUCGAG